AUGAAAAUGUCAAAGAAAAAUGCUGGGAGAAAUACAAAUGCUAGUAACGGUAGUUGUACAAGUAGUAGUACAUCACAAGACCCGGCAGAUGGUGAUGAAAAUGUUGCUCAAGCAGGUCGUGCCGAAGGAGCUUGUUUGCAAGUUGUACAGGAACAGGUGCAGAAAGCAAGCAAAAAUUUUUUGUAUUUUCGCCCGGGCAAGGGGUGGCGAAUCGAGGCGAAACGGGCACAGAAGAUGAGAAGCACCGACAGCAGCUCCUGCUCCGCCGAGAACAAUGGAGAGCGCGUUGAUGGGGUUGCGGCAGCUGCUGCUGCUACUGGUGCAGCGGCAAAUUGUGUGGAAAGUCCUUGUGCAACAUUUUCAUCUUGUCCUUCGGGUACAACGACUAGCAGCACUACAUUUCGUCAGGAAAACGACCAGGACCGUGACGUAGAACUUGAGUCUGCUCUGUCCUCCGCUGUGACGAGCUACACGCUGAGCACCAGCCUGGCCACGCGCAUGCGGGUGGGGACGCUGGCCUUCGGCAGCAAAGUUCGCGCCGGCGUGGUCGGGUGCUGGGAAGAGUGGAAGCGCAUGCACCAGACGGCCGUCAGUGUGGCAGUGAAGAACACCUUCUACGAGUUCAAAGAUCCCAAUCAUACUGGCCCGCCCUUCGGGGCAGAUGUUGCUUUCGACGGACACAGUCUACACAUCAGCCAGUACAUGCGGACAAGAGCGGGAGCCGCAGGGAUAGUACAAGUACACGACACCCAGAACAACUCCUGCACGACCGCGGCUGGCGGGCAUGCUCAGCAUCCACCGCCCUCAAGCGAGCAGCAGCCGUCGAUGCCGCGGAGCAAAAGCCUGCCCUUGCAAGUGAUGCUCGAGCUUGGACGUGAGCGGGAGGAUGAGAAGGGCAAUAAGAAGAUGAAAAAAAAUAGCAAGUUGAGCCGUGGUUUCCUGGAGUCUUUCUGGGAGAAACAGGAACACGCCGCGUUCUCGCAGUACGUACUUCGGCAACAGUCCGGCUACGCGCUGUCGGCCGUGCUGCUGACCGGCCGAAAAAUCUUUCACCGGCUGCCGCCCCCACACCUGGCGUACCGCAAGAGCACCGGUUUUAAGUCCUGGAUUCAGACCAACAUACCUCUGGUCAAAUUCGCGGCGCGUGUGAUGCAGUUGCCCGACCUGUUCGACACCCUCUGGCUGUGUGGGUACCAACCCAAGUUUCUACACUCCGUGACCCCCGACACGCUCCUCAACGCCGGGCGCUCGUGGAGCAAUUCGUGCAAGCAGAUGUUGCAGCUUCUGCAGUUGCAGCGCAGCGGCGGAGGUGGAGGCGGACAGUCCUUGGGUUGUACUAGCACAGAUCGCACGGCAAAUAAAGCAGGAGAAACAACAUCUCCGACAGGGAAUACUAGAACAAGUCGUGCUACUAGUACAACAGGGUCGACCACAUCCACCUCGUUAUCUACCGGUGAUGAAGGUCUGGUUUAUGACAGCACGGCUUUAUGAUCGUAAGAAAAGGGUGCUUCACUGUAAAAAUGCUUUUGCAUGUUGCGCAGUACAAAUAUGUCGCUCGAUAUAAUUACAAUAGGAAAUUUGUCACGCGAGCUUUUUGACGAAAAGGACAAACACCGAUUAAAAAUCCGGUGCCCUCGUCUUGCAUGUGUGGCAAGACCACAAGCAGUUCUGUCCUACGCGCUCUGCUUUGCAAGUUUAGAACAGUGAAGCAGUUUCUUCUUGCGAUAGAUUUCGCUCGGGGUCGCGGAAGUGGAGCAAGGCCGUCGGAAAGAGGAAGUGGACGUGGAUGAUUUUUCUGAAUGUCUCACCACGACCUCCCGAAGUACUACAGCAACUUAUGGAUUGCAAAAGUACUAUAUUCAUCGACUAUGACAAAUAGCAUCACAAAUUCUGCCAAAAAGAACGAACAUGCAUCAAUUUUUCAUGCUAGUUCAGGUAGAAGAAGAAGGUUUGAUUUGAAUUUGUCACGCACGACUGCAGUCACUUUCACUACGAGCACGAUAGACUUUUGCAGAGGAUAGAACGAGUAAAGCUGCGACAUCCAGCAGACCAUCGGGUUGUAGUACGACUGAACCAGCCCAAAGUUCUGGCACAAUCCCUGUCCUGAACAUGGUGCAAGUGCAACUGAGCAGGCUCGACCCGGCGGCGGAAAUUGCCAAGCUAGACCAAAGGAUGCGGAUGCAAGGGCUGGACAAAAUGAACCGCGAGUUUUGGUGGGAGGAAGAUGCGCAGCUGUUCAUAUCGCGAGAAAAAACUGAAACUGAUGGCUCAGUCUCAAUUUCGUAUAUGUGGAUAUUGGCACCAUUGCUCGGGACAGUUUUUUGUCAUGCUCCACCUGCUGCACGAAAGUCAUCUCAUUUCCGUUCUGUGUUUGUUUCUCUUGUGUCUGAAGACGCACUCCAGAUUUAGUGUGUCAUCUGGUAACCAAAGCGUGACCAGCGAAUUUGUUGUAUUGCUGACUCUGCAAAUAGUGAGACAGUUUUUUGGUGGGAUCGUUCACGACACUUCUGCAAUGGAACGAUGUGCGCGAGUACGAUCAGGAGGUGGAGCUUCUGUCAGAGGAAGUAUGAAUUGCAAAAGCAUCGAAAGAUGCAGUUUGUCUUGCUCCUGGCUCAACAAAACCUUAGCAGCUGGAUCCGGAAUUAGUUUUUUUGUCAUGCAUAUCAAUAUCUGCUGUUAGAUGAAGUUGUACGUCGAGCACGCGACGAUGCUUUUGCAUUCGAUAGGAAGAGGCGCAGGACAGAGACUUUCUGGAACAGAAGUACAAAAAUCUCUCCUGCAGGAGCUGCAACCACGUCGGGAAGCAUAAGCAAGGAAAGAUGAAGCUCCAACAAGAGGCACUAUCACAAGUACAAGAACGGAAAGUGGACGCAAAUAAAGACAUGAUCAGCGGAGAAGCUGCAACGUUGAAAAAAGACUACGACCUCCGCGGCAGCAAGACCAAGACCAAUCCACGACGAGGUGGGCGAGGAGGACCUCCAAAAGCUGAUCAUGGUAGAAGCUCCAAUUAUUAUGGCCCCAAAAAGAGGCUGGACGGUAGUUCCGAUGGAGGCAGUCGCUGCGGAGGUCGUGGUCGUGGUAUCAAUGCAGAGAUGAAACAUGAAGGCGAAGGAGCACAGCUAGCACACGACCAAAAUGACGGGACGGGCUGGCAAGAAAGAAGGGAAACAAGACGAGGACCAGGACUACCACUACCUGAUGACCUCCAUCAAGAAGCAAACAAUACGCGGCCUGCCCUACACGACCAGCCACAGAUGAUGAAGAAAGUGCAGACAAGUGACAAAGACAAUCAGUUCGUAGUUGUAGAACACCAGGAGAACAACCUCCUCAAGAGCCGUUCUUGCUCCACCGUUGGCAGUACUACAGAGAAUUCAUCGUUCGCGUCGAGCUGCUGCACAACGCCACCUAGUAUUGAUGUUCAUGAACGUCGUAGUCAUGAAGAGACCACGAGCGAUGCAGAUGACACUGUCGCUGGAGCUGGUUCAAUACCAGUGGAAGAUAGCUACACUGCCUGCCCCCGUCCUAGUAGACGAGGACCUGCGCGACCACAGAGCAUCUGUAAAGACGCCGAUCCCGCUCCCGCCGACCGCCGCGCCGUCUUGCGAGGCGUGAUCACGUGUCCCGACGAGACGGCGGCUUACCGGCUGUUGCACAAUUGUCCCAACUAUCAAGUGCAAAAAUGUCUGGGUCUGGAAGGAUGUAAUUUGUGAUGCGCAGUUCAGGACACAGGAGAAAAAUUUCUCAUGCAUAGGUAGCAAAAGCUGCCCACUCCCUGUCACCAAACUGGGGGAUUUGUCAUGCGGAUUUGGCAUUGCGGAAGCUUCUCGAAACCUGUGAUGCUCGAGCUUCCAUGCCAGACCUUCUGCGUCAUGGAAAAAUAGCAUGACUCUUCCAGACCCCGACACUUUGUCAUUUGAUACCAACUACGGCCGGGUGAGUUUCGUGCUCCGGAAGGUGGCCGUUGGGAUCGACCAGCUUUGGCACUGCUACAACAAGCUGAAGGAGCACGGCUGCCUCCCGAACACCCACGGCCUGAACCUGAAUUUUGAAAACCAGGUGGAGGAUCCUUUCCCCGAGCACUGCUUCGACCAGGGUAUCUUCAAGCUGGCGGCCCAAAUCGAGUACGAAGAAACGCGGAAGCUGCUGUCAAUGUCGUCCACAGCUGCAACACAAGUCGAAGGAGGACACCACGAGAACUACGACAACUACAGAGCGAAUGUCGCCCUUUCGCAGCUGCCGGUUUAUCUUGACGAACUCGGAAUUGUAUACUACGUGAUCGGCUCGCAGAUCUACGUCCCGAGCCCUUGGAAAGGGGGACUGGCGAAAAUCGGAUUUGCAAUUUGAAAAAGUAAAAGAAUCAGUUUACAAGAUUGUCAUCGACGUAUGCUGGCGUCAAAUGGGAGUGGUGAUGGACAUAAGUACAACUAUUUUUGAAACACAACAUGCAAAAUCAAAAAACAGAUGAUGGCACUACACCCAAAACAGACAAAGAACUGCUUAGCACUGGCUGCGCGGGAACAUCAAAGACCUCGUUUUUUCAUCAUUUUCAAUAAUCGGAAAUUCGUGACGAGCAGCUACCUCUUCUGACCUUUUACUUUCUAGUCUACCUAAAACUUUUGGCCAAGAAGCGGCAGUAGAAGCCGGGGGCCCUGCCAUUUGUCCCAGGGAACCCGCAGGAAAAGGCAGGCCGCCCGGCCAAGAUAUGGGCGCCUGUGUCGGCCUAGUUUAGGCCCGCAAGUUCGGCCAACAGGGGGGGGGGCCAAAGCAAGGGCAAAGGCGUAAGCUUUAGCCUGGGGAAAGCUCCCGGAAAAAAUCAGAACCUGCUUCCAUUCUGGUGCGCUUUUGUCACGAGAAGGCUUUGCCGAGAACUUGCCGCCAUGGCGGCAAUCGGGACCCGGCCAAACCUCCAGCCGGGCAAGCCCGCAGCUGCUCAGCCUCUUCCCCCGGGCCCCGCUACGCACCACCGCGGGAUGAGAUCUGGGGGCGGAGAAGCCGGCCCAGCAGCCCGGCGUCCCAAAUACCCCGCGGCGGAUGGCAUGCGUCUGGGGUUCUUCUGGGGAGGUAUCGAGGUUAAUAGCUUGGCCAGCAGUCCAGGUCAGCAGAAGCCGAGAGAAAUGCCGCCGCGGCUUCAUCGUAUUCACCCGGGGGAGAGGUUGAAAGCAGCAAGCGCGUGGCCUCCAUUUUGACCGACUUCUGCUGGUCUGGAUACCGGCCGAGAUGUUGAUAUCGGCGCAGCGAGCUUUUUCGGCUGGAUGGUCUGCGCCUUCCUUUUCCAUUCAGGGCGAAGAGAAAAAAAAUGAAAAAUCGCAAAUCAAAACCUUGACCAAAACCUUAAUUCUUUCAACCCCUAAAGUCUACCUAAAAUUUUUGGCCAAGAAGCGGCAGUAGAAGCACCAUGUCGAAUGCAACAACAAUGCCCAUAUUCAUUUUGAUUUUAUGUGGACAUGUCCACCGAGACCGAAGUCAGUGGGGUAUUUUUUCGGAUUUAUUCCGUCGUUUUGAUGUGGCCGUGGUGCGGGGGCUUCUGAUAUUUGUUUCGGGCGAGCUCAAUAAGCACGCGUACUUACGCGCUUUUUGUCAUGAACGACGUUGGAAGAUUGAUUUUUUCGGUCGUGAGUGGUUUGGUAUUGUUACAACUAUACAUAGAAGUCUGCUUGUUGUGAACUUGGGAACAUAGCUUCCAUUUGACUUAUUUGUCCGUUCGCGUUUGGUUCUUUCAGAAUAAAAAAGUUUUUGUCUCCUG